UUUCUCCUGCGCCUUAGAACUGGGGCAAAGCUCGCUCUGAGGAGGGGCUCUGCGCGGCUUUCGGUUUCUCGCUCGCCUCCCGGGGUAAGGGAGGCUUCCCGCGCGUGUCCCUUCCCCAACCUACCCCACCCCACCCCACCCCACCCUCCUCCUCCUCCUGUCUUCUCCGCCUUCUUCACGCAGGGCUUGCCUUUUGGCGACUCGUGCGCCCCUGCCCGCCUCGCCGCGUCCCGCCCCCCUCUCCUCUCCACGCGUCCCCGGCGCGCUCCUCCCACCCGCGCUGCAAUCGCUGCUGCCGCCGCCGCCUCUGCUUCUGCCGGCGCUGCUCGUCCUUCUCUGGCGGAGGCUGGACCGACUCCCCUCUCGCCUGCCCACGGAAGCCGGCGGCGGAAAGCGGGCUUCUGCGCGACGUGGACCUCGGAGCCUUCCCCUCGGGCAGUCCUUCCCCGCGCCGUGCGCCCUAGCCGCGCGCUCCCUGCCUUCCUACGGAGAUGGCCGAGAAGCUGUGGCGUCCCCGCCUCCUUGUCCUCCUCCUCGCCGUCGCCUUCGCCGUCCUCAGCGGGAGAGGAUAUGCUGACGAUCGUGACUUCAGUUUAGAAGAUGCACUGCCUGAUGGCCUUCCGACAAAACGACCUACUCAGAAGCCACCUAAAAAGCCAUCUAGUGGAACAGGUGACUUGGCUUUGUCUGACUAUUUUGACACCACGCCAGAGAUAACAACAAAAUCAGCAAAGGCGACCACUGGCCCUUAUCCAAGGAAACCAGACGACAGCCGCUGGAAUGUGAUGCAUACCACCACCACCACUAAGCAGCCCAAAACGACCAAGGCGCCACCCAAGAAGACCCCAGCCAAAGACCCAAUGGAUUUAGACUUAUCUGAUGCCUUGGGUGACCAUAAUGCUGGGCAAGGUGGUGGAACACCUAUCGUAAAUCCUGGUGGAGGCUCGAAAGGUAGAGAUGGAAGAGGUGGAAAACCUGGAUUUUCAGAUGAUGACUUGACUGGAAUUGUGGAAGAAGGUGACUACCAUCCAGAUAAAAAGAAAGGGGGGAGUGGUGGAAGUGGCAGUGGCGACAGCAAUUAUAAUGACGGUGCCCUGGUAGAGACAGGGACGAUUGCCGGCAUUGUCAGUGGCCUUGCUAUGGCCCUGAUUGGUGCUGUGAGCAGCUACAUCUCCUACCAGCAAAAGAAGUUCUGCUUCAGCAUACAACAGGGUCUUAAUGCAGAGUAUGUGAAAGGAGAAAACAUGGAAGCUGUGGUGACUGAAGAGCCACAAGUUAAAUAUUCCGUCUUAGAGCCACAGAACGCAGAACCCCCUCCGCCGCAAGAAAAUGCGAAAGUCUGAAUCCCAGGCUUGGGCUGGAAGAGAAUCUAGGGCAAAACACACACAUACACACACACACACUUCUCACAUGCUUGUAAUUUAGCUUUUUACAGAUGUUUGAUUUGGAUCCAAAGCUAUUUAAUGUGCGUUCUGACUAGGACAGGCUUCUUAUUGUGGUAGCUGUAGGCUGGUUGAAAUGUUUUCUGGUUUUAUUUCUUUGUGGAGAGUUGUAGGUUUACAUUGACAUGGUCAUGUAGGAGUUUUGUCAGGUUGAAUUCAAAAAUACAACGGUGCUUUCAAAGUGGUGUUUCAUAUUAGAGGUAGGGAUUUUCAUGAAGGAAGAAAAAAAAGCAGCUGGGGUAGUGACUACAGGUGUGAGAACAAAUGAAGUGCCUGUAAAUUAACAAUCCAAAGCAAACCAUUUAAAAAACCUUUAUAAAAUGACUUUCAGCCGAAUUCUGGCUGUUGGCCAUAAUCAUGCAGCUUCCACUGGCAACAGUGAAAGUUGCAUGGGCAUUGGAGGAUGGAGUUUAGUCCUUUAAGUAGCUACACCUCAAGAUAUACAAGUGCCUGUGGGGUAUGUCUUCAUUUGACAGAGGACAGCAAGUGAAUAUUACCCCUUACAACUGGGCUUCUCUACAGCUAUAAACCACCUAAUUUUUUUUGCUACCAGAACCCUAUGCAGGUAGUUGUUGUGUAUGCAGUGUUUCCUUUUUAAAAUUCCAGGGACAUGUCAUGAGGUCAGAACUGAGCCUAUACUUAACUUUGAUAAGCUCUCAUGCUGGCUACGGAAAAUAACACUUUCCCUACCCUAUACGUCCUAUAGACGUGGGCAGACAACAUGGGUUCCAGAUUGUUGCUUUCUCUUGCUCCAGCUUUAGUGCAUGCUAGAAGUGCUUGCAUUUCAGGGAUUGCAAGCCCAGAACUGGGCAAUCUCGGAGGUUGCAGUCCCACGAUCUCUCACACAGUGGCAGAGGAGGAUGCUAUGGUGCAAUUGUCAGCUAGCUUGCCCCUCCUCCAAGCUUUGUCCCCAAGUUGCACAAAGCCUGAAGUGAAGUACAGGUUUGCAGAUACUAGUGCUGAAAUCUAAUUCCCGGGUUGGCUAAAAUCCAGUAAAGGAACUCUUCAGCUUCUGGCUAAGGAAAUUGAGCCACAAAAUGUAAUGCAACUGUGUAUGAUUGCUUAGAUGUUUGGUAGGCUCUCAGGCUCAGAGCGAGCUUUAAAAAAAAAAGUAAAACAGAGAAGCUGCAAGGUCUAGCCACAUACAAAACAAGGUAACAUGGAGAUAGUUCUCUCACUAUAUAUAAGAAUAGUCCAUAAGGGAACAAACUUGCAUGGUACCUCUUCCAGUUUGGAGUGGUAUAGUCCAGGAGCAGCUUUUUCAUAUAUUGAACUGUUUGUGUAGAGUUAACCCCAUUAAUAAUAUCAGUUAAGGAACAAUUUGAUUCACUUUGACAUCUGAAUGUUAUAAUGAAUACCCAAGCAUGAUACCUUUUUUAGAAUGCCCCCCUCCCCAAAAAACAACAAACAGCAAAUCAUUUAGAAGGGAUGGAGCCAACGUGGAUGUGAUAGUACCAAACGUUUAGUGAUGCUAUCACUCAGUUGUUGAUCAUCUUAUGAUACAAACCAUUUGUAUUAAUUUAAUCCGCCAGUUACGUUUUCACAGUUCUUCGAGUGCUUCCAGUUCUAAGAGGAGAAAUGUCUACCCAUCCCAGUCUCCCCCAACCAGCAUAUCUCCUGGUAUUUCUUUCAGUUUACAAGAUUAGUAGAAGAAGCCUCUUGGAGUGCCCCAUCAUGGCCAGUUCUGUCUUCCAAUGGAACAGACAGGAAGGAAGGAAACUCUGAUGCUUCUUGUAAGCAUUUAGUUAGCAUGACGCGUUUGUAAGUGAGAAGCCUCCUCCUUGGUCAGGAGCUGUGAAAACUGUUUUCUUAAAUCUGGAAAAAACUUUAAUCUUCUAUACCAGAUCCAUUUUUCUUAAGGCGUCUCCACAGUCUAGUCUAGGCUCCAGGUAAUGCUCCCACCUGUUGGUAGAAUCACAGAGUUGUUGGGGAGGUGGUAGGGUGCCUUGUUCCAAUCUCCUGCAGAAGUCUAGAGCUAGAAGAUCCCCAACAGGGGCUGUCCAGCUUCUGCCUGAGAACCUCCAACUUAGUUGCACUUCCGGAACUGACCUCCUUAUUGAGAUCUUCAACAAGAGAUAUGCCAAGGAUAAGCCGAGAGCCCUUUUGGUGCAAAGCAUGCAUUCUACCACUGAGCUGUGAAGUAAUCUAGAUCAGAAAUCUGGCCCCAUGUUGAUUACUUUUAUGAUUUAAACAGCCCCUUUCACCACUGUAGCAAGGAAUACAUGUUCUUAUCAUUAUGGAUUAGCAAUGAUGUUAGUGAAUCAAAAAGGGUGUACUGUUUAUUUUAAAAAAAUAUUUAUAUAAAAGCACUCUCAACAUCAUAAAAACAGACUUUAAAAUAUAUUACAACAAAACAUCUUUAAAAUUACAUACAUCUUGCCCCUAAUAUGUAUUUAAAAGGUGGGAGGGAAAAGAACCUGUGCUUAUAAAACAUCUAUCCACUCUUUGUCUGUUUAUAGACUAAUCUUUACUGAAUUCUCUUUAGGGGGGCCUUGCUGACAAGGGUUUGUACAGGAAUCUGGAAAGAUUAGUGCCCUGCUCUAGCAAGAGAGAUCUGCAGGUGGAAGUAGGGAAGAUGCUGCUAUGCAUUUGGACCUUACGGAACCGGCUGGGUGAAUCUCUUAAUACAAAUGGAGCCAUCAGUUGUUACAACAGGUUGCCAAUGAUUAAAGCUGGUUUGGGGCUUGGGGUUGUAACUAGACAUUUUUUUUUGCUCCAAGACCCUCACCUCAUACAUGUUCACUGUGAGGCACGUGCCACUGAUUUCAGUGGAACAUGCUUCUGUGGAAUGGUGCUUAAAAUUGUAGCUUAGAUGUUUGAUAACAGCUGUGCAAAUUCCUUCUGCUCUGUUUUUGUUUCAUGACUUAUGUUUCAAAAGCCCUACAGUAGCUUUAAAGAAAUACACAUCUUUUGAAUGUAUUUAGUUUCUGUGACAAUGCCAGGAUAAGCUCUUUUUCUACAGAGUUCUCUUCUUACUGUUGGCUUCAGUGGGACUAAAACAGGGCAAACGGGGGGGGGGUCUUAAGAAGGAACACAGCUCACUUGCUUAUUGAAGGGUGCUUCAUACAUUAGUCACCAGAAUGGGAAGCUACUGAAAAAUUGCUUCUGUGUGGUGGUGCAGUAUGACAUGGAGGGUCUCCAGCAGAGUUGGUCAAACCACUGGAAAGCAGCAUUCAAUGUGCUGGAGUACUACUGUGGAAGCGAUUUUGGUGGCUUCCGUUUUUUGAAGUUACCCUUAGAUACAAUACAGUAGGUUUUUUUAAGGAAGGUUGUGGUUUGCAAAUUUUGCAGAGCACAAAUAAGUCAGACGCUAACAAUACCACACAGCUGAAUAUAUAUAAUGGUAUAUUUCCAACUACUAUAGCAUAUCUCUUUUUUAAUUUUUUUAGUCUACAUAAAAGAUUAGAGUAGGAUAAAGUAGUGCAUCUUUAGAUAAAUAGCGGGGAAAUAAUAAAUGUUACUAUGAUGCUAGCACUUGGACUAGGAGUCAUCUUCUCAGAUAAACGCAUAUAAUUCCUUAUUUCUUCUUGCCAAUGAUGGGAAAUGUUUCUGUAGAUGUAAGUUGUCAAUUUUGUUGUAUUUCUGUUACUGCACUGUCCAGCCACGGUUAUGAAUUUUGAAAAACAGUGCAUUUGAGUGUUAAAAAUAACCCACUAACCACUUAGUCAUUUAAAAUGUGUAUGUAUUGCAGAUUUUUUUUGUAAAAAAAUAAAAAGCUCACAAUAGUUCCAUUAAGAAAGCAGAUUUUCAGAAUAAGACAGGAGAGUAACCUUUAAGAUACUUCCUUCCCCAAGGCCUUUUUAUGUGAAUUUAGUAAAUGGUUAUGCCUUAAUGUACCUUAUAUUUAGGUAGAAGAUAAAAACCAAAACUAUAGAAAUGCACAGCAAAAGGGAGGUACUUGUUUAAAAUGUUAUAGCAGCAUAAUUCAGUAUCAGGCAAUUAUGAAUAUAACUAAUGUCGGUAGAACCACUUUGAAAAUAGCUGAAAACAUCCCCAGAGAGAUACUUCUGCUUCCUCAGAUAAUGGACAAUGACUGCAUUCUCCACUCAAAAGUACACAAAUAGCAAUCUUCUCUGAACCUUUGUGCCAGAUCAGCAACUAAAGGCCCCUGAGCUAAGUCUGGCCCCAAGGGUUACCUGCCCCCUCCCCCAUUGAUCAGCUAGAGAAGUGGCAGCUACAGCAAUGGAACUUGUCAGCAGCCUACUGAUCUUCUCAUACAAUAGCCUUUCAGGAAAACUAACUGCUGAUCAAGGUUCCACUUGCUCUGUUACUACUAAUAGAACAUGAAGCAACCACUAGUCUAGCUAGCCUAGUACUGUGUACUCUAACUGGUAGUGGUGCUCCAAGAUGUCAGGCAGAGAGAGGGAGUUUUUUUUCCAGGCAUGCAAUCUGCAAUCCUUUUAAAGUACAGAUGCCAGGGACUGAACCCAAGACCUUUUGCAUGCAAAGCAUGUGCUCUACCACUGAACUAUGACCUCUCCCCAUUGGGACCUUCUUUCCAUUGUCUGUACACAACCAACAAUAUGUUUGGCUUUUCCUGACUGAUUUCUCUGUAGCAGUGCCAAUUGUGUAGUACUACACCUCCAGAAGGGAUCCAUUUCUGUUUUUCUACUCUGUGUUUUUAUAUUCAUAAUUAAAACUAUCUGUGCAGUGAAACGCCACAUAAAUAAGCUCAGCCAGAUGUUCCAAGAAUAGGUCAAGUGACAUGCAUUAAAGUCUUCCAUCAGGCCAAAGAUAUAUAUAAGACCCCUUCUUGUGCCCUGAAUUUAUAUACAACACACAUUCUUGCAAGUAAAGAGAGAAUGGCUAAUUAGAGAAAAGGAAAGUGGUUUCCUGUGUUUUACAAAAUCAGAAUACUGGCAGGGAUCUAGCCACAUUAACUCACUUAAGCGUUGGCUGGAUUUAUUCCUUUCUCUCUUUCUUAACUUGCACCUUCCUUCGGCAAAAUGUUUUAAGGCACAGCAUCAACAGUGACUGUCUCAUACAACUAACAGCAAAUGGCCCUGCUUACUAUAUAUUCUCAUUGUCAAUGGAGUAUUUGCUGUUGUAUGAAUUGAUGUUCAUCCGAGAGUAGUGCAGAGCUUUACAAACGGAAAAGGAAACUAAAGCAAAUAGAGAAGGGGAGAGGAGGAAGAGAAAAUGCAGCAGGCCCCAGACAGCAGAUUAAAAGAGUAGAUUGUGUCCAAAAGAUGCCAAGCUUUUAUUUAAGCAAUACAUACAUAUCUUUAGCUAAUACAGAAAUGAUCUGUCCCAGAUUAAAAUUGUGCGUUACGCUGUCAAAAGGCAGACUUAUUUUGCUAAAGUGCAUAUAAGAAUUACAGGGGAGGGAAAUCCAAACUUCGUUGCCAAAUUACAAACUGGAAAACAAUAAAGACUUGACUUGUACAACAA